CGUGACUAUUGAGUUGACGUCAUUGAAAAUGGAUGAAAACACAUAUAAAGUCCAAAGUCCAGUGACGCUCAAAAUAUUUAUCACACAAUAUUUAUCACACAUAUUGAUCAACUCUUGCAGUGUCUCAAAAAUAUUCGAUUGACAGCAUUCUCAUGUGCCCCGUUAGGCCACUCCAUACCUACUAAAUAUAACUAGCCCUCUACCCUCUAAUACCCACCUCAACAUGGCGCCCGAAAAGCCCCCCACCAACAUGCCCCAAGUGUCAGGUUUUUGCACCAACCACAAGGAAAGCUACCCGGCCAUCGACCCGCUCAAGGCGAACCUAAGCGGCAAAUCGGUCGUCAUUACCGGAGCUUCCAAAGGCGUCGGCCGCGCCACGGCCUUGUCCUUCGCCAGAGCCGGCUGCAGCCGCAUUGCUAUAUCCGCUCGGUCCCCCCUCGACUCACUCGAAACAGAACUACGCGCCGCUGCCAAGGAGGCCAAGCGUCCCGAGCUCACUAUCGUCAAUAUGACGGUCGAUGUAACCUCGGAAGACGAUGUCAAGAAGUACGUCGCGGCCGUAGACGAGAAAUUCGGCGGUAAGGUGGAUGUGCUCGUCAACAACGCCGGGUACAUGGAGGAGUGGGUACCGUUUGCCGAGACAGAACCGUCCAAGUGGUGGCGCAGCUGGGAGGUCAACAUUCGGGGUCUGUACCUCUGCGCCCGCCAUUUCUUGCCCCUGGUGCUGGCGAGUGAGACCAAGGCGAUACUCAACAUGUCAAGCACGGGGGCCCAUGGCCUGACCCAGGGCGCCAGCGCCUACCAGAGUACCAAGUUUGCCGUCUGUAGAUUGGCCGAGUUCAUGACCAGCGAUCACUGGGACGACGGGCUUGUAGCCAUCGCUAUGCAUCCCGGUGGUCUCCGGACGGAGCUGGGUUUGAACAUGCCCAAGUUCAUGCACAAGGUGCUUGUCGAUGCGCCCGAGCUGCCGGGGGAUUUCAUGGUUUGGUUAGUGAGUGGAGGUAAUGAGAGAAGGGAGUGGUUGAGGGGACGGUAUUUGAGUGCCAAUUGGGACGUGGACGAGUUGGUGGCCAAGAAGGACGAGAUUGUCGAGGGCGACAAGUUGAAGUUUAGACUGGUUUUGUGAGGAAAACGUCCGGGACGGGCAUCAGAAAGGAGUUUUGGGGGAUUAGAGAAGACAUAAUCCGUAAAUCAUGUGAUAGCCUUGCUCCAGCUGCCCGUGAAGUGCCAUUAUAGCCUUUGGAACAUGUUGCUGCUCGUGGACGGAGUCGGAUUUCUUUGAGAACGAACAUGCUCAAGCCGUGCUUAUAGUUAUAACCUCAUCAUCGUGAGCUUUUUGACAGUAAACUUAGGCUAUGGCUCUGAAUCGCAACCAAAG